AUGGACAAAUAUGUCAAACGAUUAUCACGUGACGAAGUAGAGACACAGCGCCGAGCAAAGCGGCCCCGACUGAAACAAGCCACAUUGCAAUCCCUCAAAGGAGUGAUCGAUGUAAAGCGAGUACUCGUGUUAAAAGAGAGACUAUCAUGCAAACAUUCCACAGAAAAACAGAUUAUAGACUGCUUAAAGGAGCUUGAGUCUGGGAGGAGUCUACCAGUUCUCAUUUUAACGGAGACUGGGAUAGGCCGAGCUAUUGGACCACUUCGUAAACACACAAACCAAACAAUUGCUGCUUCUUCCAAAUCUUUGGUUGAUCAAUGGAAAGUAAUGAUACAAGAUAUGCCUGUAGCUCCGGUUGUGAACAAAGAUCAGAAAAAACAGUUUUCACUCCUUCUGCAGAGUACCGGAGCUAAUGAUGAUAUCAGGAAGCGAGCGGUAGAUUUGUUUAAAUCAAAUAUGUGUAAAUCAGGGGUUGAUAAGUUGGAUAGUGAUCAGGCGAAGGAGUGGGAGAAGGUGAUAUAUGUGGGUAAUGAUAUGAAGAUUAAUAAGGAGUAUAAAGCUCUGGUUCGACGGAAGGUGUUUGAUCUGAAACGUGGUGCUGCUUCUUCGAGUAAAGAUGAUUCUGAGAAUUCGUAG